AAAACUCAUCAAUACAAACAAGAUUAAAAACAUACACGAAUGGCGAACAAGCUCUUCCUCGUCUCGGCAACUCUCGCCUUCUUCUUCCUUCUCACCAAUGCCUCCAUCUACCGGACGGUGGUCGAGUUCGACGAAGAUGAUGCCACAAACCCAGCCGGCCCAUUUAGGAUUCCAAAAUGUAGGAAGGAGUUUCAGCAAGCACAACACCUAAGAGCUUGCCAGCAGUGGCUCCACAAGCAAGCAAUGCAGUCUGGCGGUGGUCCUAGCUGGACCCUCGACGGUGAGUUUGACUUUGAAGACGACAUGGAGAACCCCCAGGGUCCACAGCAGAGACCGCCUCUACUCCAGCAAUGCUGUAACGAGCUCCACCAGGAAGAGCCCCUUUGCGUUUGCCCAACCUUGAAAGGAGCAUCCAAAGCGGUUAAACAACAAAUUCAACAACAGGGACAACAGCAAGGAAAGCAGCAAAUGGUGAGCCGUAUCUACCAGACCGCUACGCACUUACCUAAAGUUUGCAACAUCCCGCAAGUUAGCGUUUGUCCCUUCCAGAAGACCAUGCCUGGACCCUCCUACUAGAUUCCAAACGAAACCCUAGAGUGUAUGAAUGUGGUUGUCGAUAUAUGUCAACACCACACCUCAUCGCAUGUUUCAUAAUAAUAUAUAAGGUUUUAUCUAGGAUGUUUGAGGCUAAUGUAAAAUUAGCACUACUCCAUAAUAAAAGAGAGGCUCUUAAUGUUUAA